CAAACCUUUUGAAGAACACAUCAGAAUGUCAACGGAUACGCAGUUGGAGCCGACCUGUGUGACGGUGCUAUACGGGUCUGAAACUGGGAACGCUCAGGAUUACGCCGAGUAUCUAUAUAAGAAGCUUCAAUACCUCCAACUCAAGCCGACUUUGGCAGCACUUGAUGACUAUCCCAUGAAGAAGUUGGUUACCGACACAGAAAUCUUAAUAGUGAUAUGCUCUACUACUGGCCAAGGUGAGCUUCCUCGAAAUGCUAGAAAGUUUAUGAAGUUUUUGUUGAAGAAGAAGCUACCAGCAGAUUUGUUCAAUCAUAUCAAGUUGACUACUCUUGGACUUGGAGAUUCGUCAUAUCCCAAGUUCAACUACGCAAUAAAAAAGGUUCACACCCGUCUCACCCAGUUGGGAUGUUCCGAGCUCUCUCCUAGAUGCGAGGCUGACGAGAUGUCGCCGGAAGGUGUCGAUGGGUUUUAUACCGAAUGGGAAUCAGCAUUGAUUCCGGCAAUCACUUCAUAUUUCCCCCAGUUAGUAGCAUUGGACGAUGGCUUUUUACUUCCUGCGGAAAACCCGGUCAGUAUCGACGUAUCUGGAGUCGAUUUUGACUCCUGUGAGAACGGUAAAGCCCUAGCGCUCUCCAGGGCUAAUAAUGCCACCGGUUUGAAGAUUGGUAAGGUUAUAGUAAAUGAUCGAUUAACGUCGCCAGAUCAUUUCCAAGAUGUGAGACAUUUGAUCCUUGAGUCUUCAGAAUUGACCUAUCUUCCUGGUGAUACUUUGGCUUUAUAUCCAACCAAUUCCCAAAGAAACGUUGAACUUUUACUUGAACUGCAACCACAUUGGAAAGACCUUGCUGAUAAACCAUUGUCUAUUCAUGGGAAACUACCUUUGAUGGAUGGUGGGUUAAUAGAUUCCGAUAAACUUACCCUUCGUUCUUUAAUCACCCAUCACCUUGAUCUUAUAGCUAUACCCAGAAGAUCAUUUUUCAUGACAUUGUGGCAUUUCACUGAUGAUUCUACUGAAGAUGGGGCCAGAGAGAAAGAAAAAUUAAGAGAAUUCAGCAGAUUCGAUGAUCCCGAGGAACUCUACAAUUAUGCCAACAGACCAAGAAGACUGAUUUUAGAAACUUUAAUGGAAUUUGAUAAAAACACCAAGGUCCCCAUUGAAUAUAUAUUCGACUUGUUUCCUAAAAUCAAACCAAGACUUUUCUCAAUUGCAUCUAGACCAAGUCCAAAUCAAGUUGAAUUGGUUAUUGGUAUCGUUGAAUAUAAAACAAUGCUUAGAAGAACUAGAAAAGGGUUGUGUACCACCUGGCUCAAAGACUUGAAUACGGAAGAUGAAGUCAUUUUCUCCUUGUUCAAAUCUAACUUAUCUUUCCAACUACCUGAUCACCCUGAUCCUCCAGUAUUGAUGAUUUCUCCAGGUACCGGUGUAGCGCCAAUGAAAUCAUUGGUUGAGCACGCAUCAUCCACAAACCCUACCCAACCUCUUUAUUUGUUCUACGGCUGUCGUUAUAAAGAAAAGGAUUUCUUGUUUGAAAAGUUAUGGUCCGAAUUGCAUCGUCAAGGGAAACUCAACAUGUUUCCAAGUUUCUCAAGAGAUCCAAACUCCAGAGCAAAAUACGUCCAAGAUAAACUAUUUACAGAAAUCAAUCUUGUGGGUGAUUUACUCUUGAAUCAAAACGCCAUAGUAUUCAUCUGUGGUUCAAGUGGUAACAUGCCUAGACAGGUCAGAAUCACCUUGAUUGAAAUCUUGGUAAAAUUCGGUAGCAUCUCUAAUGAAGACGCUGACAAGUAUUUAAUGGACAUGGAAAACACUGGCAGAUAUAUUCAAGAAACUUGGUAAUUGCAUUUAUACACUAUGUACAUAGAUUUCAU